AUGAACUGGCUGCUGGCGGCGGCCAAGCGAAGGAUCCAACAUGGGGCCCAAGAGGCAUGGUUGAAGGCGUGGCAGAGCGACCGAACGAGUCGCCCUACGAAGCGUCUGAUUAAGGCCCCGAGCAAGGGGGCACUCCAAUAUUGGAGAGGUCUACGAAAGGCAACGAGCUCGGUGAUGAUCCAGGUCCGUACAGGCCGGAUCGCACUGAAUCGCUACCUGAACCUGAUCAAGACCCGCGGUACUGCAUACUGCGGAUGCGAUCUAGGCACGCAGAUCCCCCAACAUGUCCUCAUGGAGUGCCCCCUAUUUUACGAACAGCGGCAAAGAAUGUGGAGAGAGCUGGAAAGGAGAGGACUGCGGAGGACGACAGAUUUCUGGGGGAUCGUAGGAGACGCGCGAGCCGCACCAGCGAUAGCUUCAUUCAUGAUUCAGACACAACUCCUGGGCCAGUUUCAUGCGAGACGGAGAUGCAGCGAGGAUGCGGUAGAGGAGCGGAGGCCCGGUAGGAGGCGGCGAGUUGAGAUGGAGUACAGCGAAGCGGUGGCCAAACGUGGGGAGCAUGAGGCAGGUGAAGGGUUGACACCUGGCCGGCUAGGUAGCGGCAUGGUGAUGGGGACCGCCGUGGAGGUGUUGGAGAUGAUGGAAUGGUACAGUGGACGAGGUCGACGAGGACUGACGUUGAAGCGCUGA